CUGCGACUCAGCGAGCCAUUUGUAACCAAAAGAAUUAAAAAAUCUGAUCUUUUUUUUUUUUUUUUGGUUCAGUAGAUUUGCGAUGGCGAAAAGGAUCCACCUUACGGAACUAGGCUGCAUCGCGUGUGAGGAACUUAGCGAGCUCGGUGCGGGCAAAGAAGGGUGGCUCGUGAACAAUCCUAAUAUUUUAUGUGCACUUGAUUCUCACUCUUUAGCCCUCGCCAAUCGAUUUCUCAUUUUGAUUGUGAAUUGGGGUGAUCCUGAUGCGCCUCGUGUCAAGAUCAGACCCGAUCUGUCUCCUAUUGAGGCCGAGUCGAUUACGGCGAUUGAGUGGUUAGUGUUUGAUGACGUCAGAGUCGUCGUUGCAGGGACUUCUUGUGGUUAUCUCCUGGUUUACUCCGUUGCCGGUGAUCUGAUUCAUAAGCAGAUGGUACAUCCAAGCCGUAUCUUGAAAAUAAGAGUUCGAGGAACUAAGAAAGAUUUGAUACAAGAGACAUCCUCUGAGGAAAUCUGCAUUGUAAUGCCUGGUAUUAUUGCCCGUUUUGAUGGCUCCAACAUUCAGAUUAUGCUUCAGAAAUGGUUUCAAGAACAAAAUUCUAAUUUUUGGGACCAAAAGAAUAGAAAGGGAGAUGUAGAAGAUACUGGUAGUUUGUACCAACGACUACCUUAUCAGAUAUGGAAUGUCAACAAGAAUGGUGUGUGUGUUGAUGCUACUGUCACUGGCGUAAUGCCUCCUCCAUUACUAGAACUUCAGUCAAGUCAACGUUAUUAUUGUGCAGUUACCAUUGGAGAGGAUUCUGUAAUCUCGGCUUACAGGCUCUCAGAAGACAGAGGUAGAUCGCUUGUUGGAGCGAUUCUUUCAAAAGUUGUGCCUGCAGCUGCUUCAACCAUAGCUUCUUUUUCCAAACUGAUCUGGAGAAGUAAUGAUCAAUCACCUAAGCGAAAACCAGAAGCCAAGACUCAGUCAUUUGCUCGAGCAUCAUCCUUGACAUGUAUAAAGGACUACCCUAGGAAAGGCGAGAAGCUCACUUUAUCCCCGAGUGGGACAUUAGCUGCGAUAACAGAUUCUCUUGGUCGAAUACUUCUGCUAGACACUCAAGCUCUCGUAGUUGUCCGGCUUUGGAAGGGUUAUCGUGAUGCAAGCUGUGUGUUCAUGGAGAUGUUAGCCAAAAAAGAUAAAGGAAAAGCAGUAAUUCACACAGAACCGGUGAAAAGUGAUUACUGUCUUUGCUUAGCCAUUCACGCGCCACGAAAAGGCAUCAUCGAGGUGUGGCAGAUGAGAACAGGUCCGCGUCUUCUAACGAUUCAAUGUGCCAAAGGUAGCAAACUGUUGCAGCCUGUGUACAGGUUUGGAUCAAAUUCCUCGUCUUCUCCUUACAUUCCUCUUGAAGUCUUCUUACUCAAUGGAGAUUCUGGCCAAGUCUCUAUGCUCAACCGUUCUCUCUCAUAAAAAUACUUCUGAGUUCUGAACUAACUUUCUUUCAAUUUCAACAGCUUUCUUCAUACUUUUCUCUAUACUUGUAUCCAUAGCUAAGCCAAGUCUCUAAUUAAAAUGUUUUCAAAGGAAGAACAAAACCUUUGCAGUGAUUCUUAGUGUGUAGUCAGUGUUCAUGUUUUUCCUUUCACUUGCUUGUGAAAGUUGGAUAUGAUGAUGAUUAUGUGAUUGUAGUAACUGUACUACUUGGGUACCCUAUUACUUUGCUUCAAAGAUUCAACAACUAGCUAUUCUUUA